UAAUAGCUCAUGUUCAAUUCUAUUAGCGUGUUGUAUUUUAGUAUGCCACCACAAAAAUCAAAAAUUAUUACGGGCACAUUGUAAUGCUUGAGCAUGUUUACCUUUCCUUCCAAUGAUGAGUUUUGUAUUUUUCGUGCUAUUAUGUGCGUUUGUUGGGCGUAUAUGGACGUGAUUUUGUGCAUAUUGCAAUUUUUAUUAGCUAAGGGUUGAAAUGACUAUUUCCUCAGACAUUGUUGUUGUUUAUGAAGAGAAGAGGGAAAAGGUACAUGGAAAGAAGGAUGAAGAGAGGAAAGGGAGGCGUUUUGCACAUGAUACAAAUGUAAGUAUGGAAUGUGGCUGUCAUAAAUGCUUAAAUAGCGGUUCAGAGGAGAAAAUCGAACACUUUCCCGAUGAACGUGUCAAGCGAAGGAGAAAGUGGAGUAAUUCACCUGUAACUGCUAGAGAAGAUGUUUCAAAUCUUUCUAUCAGUCUCUUAGAUCUUCCCUUCAAGAUAAGGGAGGAUGACGACGAGAAAAACCUGCGGUACUUGAAAAGGUUCGAGGUUGGAGAAGUUAGCAAAAUGAGGGAUGAUGAGCAAGGUGUUAACGAGGAUACAGUCAUCAAACAAAACGUUGAUGUAGAAAGUAACAAUAUUUUUAGCUGUGAUGCAGGAUCGGACACUGUUGAUCCUGUAUUUAUACUGUACCACUUCUCAAUUCCUGACAUUCUAAAGAGGUACGGAAAUGAUCUCAAGUUGAACUUCAACUUUCAUAAUGAAAAUUCGGUGAUAAUAAAAGACCUAGAAUCUAUGGCAGAAAGAUCCUUUCCCGUCGUUAAUUGCACCACUGAAUUGAAAAACAUGAGCAACUACAAAACCGAAAAGCUCAUAUUCCUGUACAAUAUGAAGAACCUCGAAAAAAAUAUAAGAAAAAAAGCGAAAGACAGCUAUCUGUCCUCACUUGAGAAACGGACACUGUACCAGGAUGCCAAUGAGUUAACCACGGUAAAACAAGACUUAUUCAACUUCCAAAUGGAGAACAGUUCCAACUUUAUUUGUAUAGAAAGCGCAAACGAUUUAUUAAUAGCACUGAAGAAUAUCAUACGCCACAAAGAAUCAGUGUUUGUACCGAAAGUAAAGAAAUACACGGACAAGAACAAAUUCCUAAUGAACAUGCUUGAAUUUAUACCCGGUAUUUCUAAAAAUGUGAGUCGUACGAUUGUUGACACGUACAAAUCCCUGAGAGAUAUCGUAGAAUGCGAGGAUUUUAGUAAAUUGAAAGUUUUUGAUGAUGAAGGCAGCAGUUUUAGACUGAUAGGAAAGAAACAAAGUGAUUUGAUCAGGGAUGUUCUCAGCAAAGAACAGCCACUGAGUUGAACAGUUGAAUGCUAAAUAUGUUGUGAUCGUUCAUCAUGUAAAAGUGCGAUAUGCUGUA